AUGGCCGUCGCAUGUCCCGCACUCGGGAGCAUUUUAGAAAACCGUAACAUCCGUCUUCUACAGAUCAGAUCCAAUGGACAAUUUCCUGGCGGGGAUGGCCCAGAUCCAGAACGGGAUGAACGAACUCCGGCCAAUGAACGAUCUCCUGGCGGGGAUGGCCCAGAUCCAGUGGGUUCGGACCCUCCGGCCGGCCUCCUUCCGACAUGUGGAACAGAAGUGGACCGGAUGAGUGUGCAGGAAUUUAAGGACAAACCGGAACUCCGACGAAGGCUGAAAGUUAUUUAUUGGUUUUACAACGAUCCCAGACUCGGGAUAUUCAAAGUGCGCAAUUUAAUGGAUUUUCUGUUGGAGGAGCCUUGA